AUGCGAAGCCCGCAAACAAUCAAAGAGGUUCAACAACUAACUGGAAGGUUAGUAGCUCUCACCCGUUUUCUGGAAAAUUCAGCACAUAAAUCUCUUCCCCUUUUUGGCUUGCUUAAAAAAGGGACCACCUUCCGGUGGUCGGAAGAAUGUGAGAAGGCCUUCCAGGAGUUCAAAAGGGCUCUCUCUUGCCCACCAGUACUCGCCAAACCAGACCAUGUAGAGACGUUGUAUUUGUACCUCACCGUAGGUACUGAGGCGAUCAAUGCAGCCCUAGUCAAAGAAUCGAAAGAAGGACAAAAGCAUGUCUACUUUAUCAGCAAAGUCUUACAAGGAGCUGAGCUUAGGUACCAACAAGUUGAAAAGGUUGCCUUGACACUUAUCUUUGCCGCAAGGCGGUUAAGACCCUAUUUCCAGUGCCAUUCAAUCACUGUCAAGACAAAUCAGCCAAUCCGCCAAGUUUUGCAUAAGCCAAACCUAGCUGGAAGGAUGAUGUCCUGGGCGAUAGAACUGUCAGAAUACCAAAUUGUCUACGAGCCAAGAACCGCCAUUAAAGCUCAAGCCCUAGCUGAUUUCAUCGCCGAAAUGACGCAAAGCCCUUCUACUGAGAAUCAGUCAGCAGAAACGCCCUCAUCUGGAAUUUGGAAACUAUAUGUCGACGGCUCAUCAAACGCCAAAGGAUCAGGCGCUGGAAUGAUAGUAGAAAAUCCAGAAGGCGUGGCUGUUGAACAUUCCUUGUCUUUUGAAUUCAACGCCACAAAUAACCAGGCUGAAUAUGAUGCCAUGAUAGCUGGCCUGCUCAAAGCAAAAGAAAUGGGCGCCAGACGUCUCAAAGUCUUCAGUGAUUCCCAGUUGGCAACCUUUCAGAUCUCCGGCGAGUACCAAACCAAAGGACCAUUAAUGUGCACGUACCUAGAGAAGGUCAAAGAAUUGAUUGGAAGUUUCGAAGACGUAAAAGUGGAGCAUAUCAGGCGUGCAGAAAAUACCCGGGCGGAUAUUCUCGCCAAGUUGGCAAGCACAAAAAGCCCAUGGAACAACCGAUCAGUAAUUCAGCAUAACAUGCCAAGCCCAUGCAUCGUGAUGAGCAUUUCAAAUUCGCCAGAUGAGGCCGCCGAAGAAACCUGGACAACGCCCAUUAUCAAUUACUUAGUCGAAGGAAUUCUGCCCAGUGACGGGAAAGAAGCUCGAAAAAUAGUGCGAUAA